AUGAAAAUAGCAAAAGUUAAAAAACGACGAAACAAAAGUCCAUCACGUGAUUAUCAGUGUGAUCUGAACGAUUUUUUAAAUUACGUUGACGGAGUCAUUCUUGAAGGCGUCUUGAACGAAUCGUCGAUGAAUGCAGAUAUCGAUGUCGAAUUGGGUAUUUGUCAUGCCGUCAACUACUGGAUUCAAAAGUGCCCAACGCAUUUUGAUGCCUCAUGCAAACCACUGGUCGAGCAUAUUCGUCGUUUGGCCUUAAAAGAUCAACUUCCGAGCACCAGUCUCCCUGAUUUCUCUACGAUGUAUUUGAUUUCAAGUAUUCGUUGUUUUUGGAUUGCCAUCUUCUUAAGAUUUUUUUAUUGUUUCUAUUUUGCUACUCUAUUAUUACUGUUUUAG